AUGGUCACGGCUCUCUCGAUGAAGCGCGAGUUCGGUGACGAUGUCGACGUCCAUGUCUACGACCAGUUCAAGAGCUUCAAAAUGUCGCAAGGGGUCGAGCUCGCACUUAGUCCUCCUUUCCAGAUUGUGAUGAAGGCUCUUGGCCACGAUGUGGAGGCGGUGAUGAAGGAGUGCACCUGCCAAACCCACACAAUCGUGGUUCGUGACUCUGCGGGAGAUCGCAUCCCCUUCGUUGAAGAGAUGAUGAACAGUGUCGACGAGGGGGGGGUCGGGAAGACCCCUGAGGGCGAUGUCGUCAAAUUCCCUACGUUGCAGAUCAGCCGCGGCGUGUACAUGUCCAUUCUUCAGGAUGAGUUCUUCAAGGCCAUGGGAGGGAAGGAUGCUGCCUCUAAGCACCUGCACUGGGAUCACAAGCUGGAAGCAGUUCUGCCAGAGGGCGAGGGCGGCAAGAAAACACUCCGCUUCGCCAACGGCGAGCAAGUGACGGGUGUUGACUUGGUCGUCGGCGCAGACGGGGUGCAUUCUGCAGUCCGCAGGGCUUGCUUUGAUGACGUGCCGGCGCGCCAUGUUGGGGCCAACAUCAUAUACGGUGUCAUUCCUGGCACCCCUGAUAUCCACCACAAAGACGCCUUCAACAUCGUGGCGGCAGCCACCUUUUCCAUGGUGAGUUCCGAGAUCAUCGACAGUGAGGGCAAGAGGAUGACAUGGUGGGCCCUUGUCCACACGGACCGCGAGAAGCACGACUCCCCGACAAGCUCCCCAAAGGCCUACCGCACUUUCUGGGAGUCCAAGGCAGACGUGCAAAAGCUUGCCCAUGACCUGGUGGCUGAGGAGGAGGGCGACACGUUGCCGAAGAAGUUCGUUGCUUUGACCCCGGAGGAGGGCUUUCGCUAUGCCGGCUUCUUCCUGGAUCGUGACCCAACCACCUUGAAGCAGUGGGGCAACGGUGAGAUGGGCGCCGUGUGCAUCGGCGACGCCGCGCAUGCAAUCCAGCCUUGGGCCGGUAUGGGUGCCUCUUUGGCGGCCGAGGAUGCCUUCCUCCUGGCGAAGAUGAUCGCUAAGCAUGGCUGGAACAAGCUCCAAGACGCCUUCGAUGAGCUCCAGGCUCUGCAGCUCCCCCGCGUCCAGUUCUACAGGCAAAUCACCUUGAAUAACGCGCCGCAGGGCAUCAUCUCUGAGGACCUGAUGGUCCCCGUCGAGACGGUGGUCGAGCAGUUCGGCGACCAGCGCAGUCUUGAAAAGUGCCCUGCAUGGAAUCAGUUUUGUGCGCACUCGCGCGUGAAGUCGGCCUAG